AUACAUGCGAAGAGUGAACAAAGAAAUGCAAGGCUUGGUUGCCUGUAUGAAGCAACAUCAUGAGAAGUGUUCCUUGAAGAUGAUGAAAGGAACAUGUCCGAACGUGCAGGAUCUUCAGGAACUUCUUUAUGCCACGAUGGAGUUGAGAGAGCAAAGCGCUCCUUACGGGAGUAUGAAGCUACUGGUGACCUGGACUUAGCUACUGCUCUCCUGGAAUUGACAAUGGAGUCUACAACAGCGGUAAACAAGUGAGAACCAAACUGUCACAGGCCUUUAAUCACUGGCUGAAUGUUCCAGAAGAUAAAAAACAGUUUCUGCCAUUUUAUACUAGCUUUCCCACUGACUGACUGUUCAUCUGCUUCCAUUUUGGAACCACACUUCUCCCUUGCCUGGCUAAAGAGGAGACAGCACCAGUUGUACUGAGGGGUGAAUUAUCGUUCUGAAGGGAGAUUACUAGUAGGAGUUCCUCAGGGAUUGGUUCCAAGACCAAUCUUGUUCAAUAUUUUUCUGAAUAACCUUGGCACAAAAGGUUAUUAUUGAAGUGACAGAGAUGUUGCACAAUGCCAGCUUACUCAUAGAUGACAUUGAAGAUAACUCAAAGCUACGACGGGGCUUUCCAGUGGCUCAUAGCAUCUACGGAAUUCCAUCUGUAAUAAAUUCUGCUAAUUAUGUGUAUUUCCUUGGUCUACAGAAGGUUUUAACACUUGAUCACCCAGAAGCUGUGAAAGUGUUCACUCGUCAGUUGCUGGAACUGCAUCAGGGCCAAGGUUUGGAUAUUUACUGGAGAGAUACAUACACCUGUCCUACAGAAGCACAGUAUAAAGCCAUGGUACUGCAAAAGACAGGUGGUCUCUUUGGAUUAGCUGUGGGCCUCAUGCAGUUGUUCUCCAAUUAUAAAAGAGACUUAAAACCACUCCUUAAUACACUUGGGCUCUUCUUCCAAAUACGAGACGACUAUGCUAAUUUACACUCCAAAGAAUAUAGUGAGAACAAGAGUUUUUGUGAAGAUUUAACUGAGGGCAAGUUCUCAUUCCCAACUAUUCAUGCUAUUUGGUCCAGACCUGAAAGCACUCAGGUGCAGAAUAUUUUGCGUCAAAGGACAGAAAAUGUAGAUAUAAAAAAAUACUGUGUACAUUACCUUGAGAAUGUAGGUUCCUUUGAGUACACUCGGCAGACGCUGCAAAAGCUUGAAUCUGAAGCAUAUAAACAGAUUGAGUCACUUGGGGGAAACCCUGAACUUGUAGCACUAGUUGAACACUUAAGCAAAAUGUUCAGAGAAAAUGAAAAUUAACUAAUUGAUUUGACUUGUGGUUUGGGGAGGGAAACUUUAGAACCAGCAUGUAUUAACUAGACUAUCUUACUAAAUCGAUGGAAAGAAAAGUGUAGAAAUGAUGCUUGUUUAAAAUUACUUGUAGAAACUGCUAUAUUAAAUAUUGUGUAAGUAGUAAUUGAAGGGUAUUUGUAUGUACCACAUUAUCUCUGCAGCUUUAAUUACAACUGCUUACAAAAUAUUGCACAGAGAAAUAAACUUGCAUAGAUCUGUUAAGGUAAAAUUGUUAAUUUUAGUUUUUCAUGUGAAUCUUUCAGUUGUAAUCUCCACUGCACAGUCAGUGGUGUUUAUUUUAGCUAUAGAGUUUGUGUCCUCUAAGAACAUUGCAGGUUUUAAUCUGAUUUAAGAUAAGUUCGACUAAGUUUCCUUAUUAAAUUGAAUUUGCUCUGUUUAGGAGCUUUUUGUGUAUUUUUAAACAUGGAGAUUUAGGUAGCAUUUUUUGCAAUAUAUUCCCUGUCCUUUUUAAAGUUAACAAAAAUAGGUUUUAUUAAAGUGGACUGGAAGGAGAAGGAAGACUCCACAAUGGUCAAUAACUUUUUCUGUACAACAAACCAAUCUAGAUGUGUCGCCGCAGAGCCAGAUGUGGGGAAUAGUGGUAUAAUAGGCAAAUGAGUGUUGCCAAAUGGAUUUGAAAUUGAGUUAUUUUUACUAUGAAUCAUUCAGAGCAUUAGCUUGGCCAACAAGGGCACAGGCAUUGUCCAUUCAAGUGGCACUAACACUCUGGUCUGAUAUACCACCAUAGUCCCAAUUUCUUGAUAGUCUCCUUUUUAGGUAAUUUAGUUAAGAGAUUGCAUCACAAGUACAAAGGAAGUAAAUACUCCACUGAUUCUUAAGUAUUAGAGCAGACUAGUUUGGUUAUAUCAAAUCAGAAGAUAUGUCAAACCUGCACCAAUAGCCAAAGGCUUGUAUUGGAUGUUAAAGCUGGCACGCAAGUUUAAAAAAACAUUUCAUUGGUGACAGUUUCCAAAAAAAAAAAAAAAAAAAAUUAACUGCAAAUAGUAACAUAGCAAAUAGUCACCUACUGUCUUUAGUUACCUCUGUGCUUCAGAUAUAUUGCCAAAAAUUCUCCCUGUGAUUUAAUGUCUUAAACUUUAAAUGUAAUUGAGAAAAUAUGUAUGCACGUAAUCCAAUAGUUCUAAUUUCAAUGUCUGGGUGGCACUAGGGCCACAUCUGCACUACAAACAUAUGUCAAAGUUUUAUGUUGGCAUACUGCCACCACAGUUAGUACAUCGCUUGUGCACAUGCCUACUUGGCUCCUUGUGUUGGUGGUGUGCAUACUCACCGUGGGGCUUGUAUUGAUAGAAUGCAAUGUAGCUAUCCCACUGUGCAAUCCAGCACAAUGUCUUUUGGGAAGUUUUGGCAAUGAAUGAAGGGGCUAAAAUAAGUCAUGCAGGGGUGACUAGGAGCAUGGGGUCAACUUCCCAGUUUGCUAUUGACUCACUGUCCACCAUCUGUCAGUAGCAUGGAGCCUACAUGGCUCUGCUCUGUUGUCCUGAGCAUUGCAAGUCCAGGAUAUGCAAUCCUGGAAUAUUUGCAGAGCAACAAGAACUAAAUGAGUAGGGAACAUAACUAUUCCUUGGAGGACAAAUUGCUGUGGGACACUGAGAACUAGUUCAAAGUUAUUAGCAUUAAUGGAGCAGCUGCAGAUGGUGGAACGCUGCUUCUGGGCCCAAGAAACAAGCACUAACUUGUGGGAUCAUAAGUUUUGGGAUGAUUAGCAGUGGCUACAGAACUUUCAGAUGUGCAAGACCACAUUUCUGGAUCUGUGCACUGAGCUGCACUGAUGGUGGAGAAGCAAGUGGCAAUUGCACUGUGAAACUUGUGAUGCCAAAUUGAUUCCUGACUGACCAGUAGCAAUUUGGAGUGAGGAAAUCCACCAUAGUGGCCCUUAAUUGCUGCCUCCUAUGCAGGACUGUGACUCUAGGCAGUGUGCAGGACAUGAUGGAUGGAUUUUCAGCAGUGGAGUUCCCAAACUGCAGUGGAGUAAUAACGUGCAUAUCCCUAUUUUGGCAUUAGAGCACCUUGCCACUGUACAUCAACAGAGAGGGCUACUUUUCUAUGGUUAUGCAAACAUUGGUCAAUCACUGGAAAUGCUUCAUUGACAUCAGUGUGGGCUGGUCAGGGAAGGUGCAUGACACUCAUUUAAGAACACAGGGUUCAGAAAGCUACAAGAAGACACUUUUCUGACCAACAAAUUACCACAGGGAACAUUCAAAUGCCAAUACUGAUCAUGGGUGACCCUGCCUACCCCAGGCUCAUGUACCCAUGCACCAGCCACCUCAACAGCACCAAGGAACAGUUCAACUGUUGGCUCAGCACAUGCAGAAUGACAGGUGAAUGUGCUUUUGGCCAUUUGAAGGGUUGCUGACAUUGUUUACUUGCAAGAUGGGACCUUGGUGAGAAAAAUAUCCCAAUGAUUAUAGCUAUCUGCUGUGUCCUGCAUGCUAUAUGUGAAGUGAUGGGGAAAAGUUUCUGCCGGAGUGAAGGGCAAAGGUGGAGUGACUGUCUGCUGAAUUUGAACAGCCAGAUACCAGGGUCCUUAAAAGAGCUCAACUUAGAGGUAUAUGUCUCAGAGCCUUUAAAAGACCAUUUUAACAACGAGCUAGCAUUUUGUAGUGUUCUCUACCUGGCCAUGUUUUUUGGUGGCCUGGUAGGAGUUAUGUGGUGAUUGCUGUCUGUGAGUGCACCUAGUAAUUUUGUUUGUAAAUGAUCCUACAAGUUGUGUGACACUAUGCGAUAACAGCUAAUUAUGUUCAGAACUGCUGAUCUCUCGGCAGCAUAUGUUGUGAAUUAAUAAAGAUGAAUUAUAUUCCAAAUAA